CCUGGGCUGGGCUGGUGGAAAGGAUCGUAGCCCAGGGCGCUUUCGCUGCAGCAGCUCGUGAAGAUUGUAUUUGUGUCCCAAGUGUUUCCGCACGAUCACGCCCACGGGGCGCCGCGCGCGCGCGUGUUUCGCUGGAAAGCCCUAAUUACUGCGAUUGCUGAUGGACCUUGGAAAGGAGCCUGCCCUGGUGCCCUGCUCCGCACUGGGAGCGCCCGCGCCGGACAGAGGUCUGCGUCUGCCUGGUGUCAGCUCGCCGGGCCCCAGCGCUCCCCCUCUCCGGGCUCGCUCCCUUCCUGGCCCCUGGCAGCCGCCGCCGCCCGCUGCUUUGGAGGAUACCGCAUAGCUCCUGUGAUCCCGGAUUUACUCUCGCCGCCUCCUCGCCCUUUCUCCCCCGGUCCCCCCUUGGAUUACUUGGCUGCUCUCGCUCGGCGAUUCCCCUUGCAAUGGAGACAUCCAUUGGAAUAUUAGUCCAAGGAGGUGCUUUGGGGACAGUUGGCAGUGCAAUGGCUUCCAAGUACCUCAUAGUGGUUCUGGCCAUUUUCUCCUCUUUCGCCCAGGUUGUAAUAGAAGCCAGCUCUUGGUGGUCUUUAGGUAUGAAUCAUAUGAAUCCUAUGAACCCUGUUCAGAUGUCAGAGGUAUAUAUAAUAGGAGCACAGCCACUAUGUAGUCAACUAGCAGGACUUUCCCAAGGACAGAAGAAACUCUGCCACUUGUAUCAGGACCACAUGCAGUAUAUUGGAGAGGGGGCAAAGACAGGCAUUAAGGAAUGCCAGUAUCAGUUCAGACACAGAAGAUGGAAUUGCAGCACUGUGGACAACAACUCUGUUUUUGGCAGAGUCAUGCAGAUAGGCAGUAGGGAGACUGCCUUUACUUACGCAGUCAGCGCUGCCGGGGUGGUUAAUGCAAUGAGCCGCGCCUGCCGAGAGGGGGAGCUCUCCUCCUGUGGCUGCAGCAGAGCGGCCAGGCCCAAAGAUUUACCCCGGGACUGGCUGUGGGGUGGCUGUGGGGAUAACAUCGAAUAUGGCUACCGCUUCGCCAAGGAGUUUGUGGAUGCUCGGGAGCGUGAGAGAAUUUAUCAGAAAGGCUCUUACGAGAGUGCUAGGAUUUUGAUGAACCUACAUAACAACGAGGCUGGAAGACGAACUGUGUAUAACUUGGCUGAUGUGGCCUGUAAGUGCCAUGGGGUGUCUGGCUCUUGCAGCCUGAAGACCUGUUGGCUGCAGCUGGCUGAUUUCCGCAAAGUGGGCGAUGCCCUGAAGGAGAAAUAUGAUAGCGCUGCUGCCAUGAAACUCAACAGCCGGGGCAAGUUGGUGCAAGUGAACAGCCGCUUCAACACGCCCACCAUCCAUGACCUGGUCUACAUUGACCCUAGCCCCGACUAUUGCGUGCGCAAUGAGAGCACCGGCUCCCUGGGCACCCAGGGCCGCCUGUGCAAUAAGACCUCAGAGGGCAUGGACGGCUGCGAACUCAUGUGCUGUGGCCGGGGUUAUGACCAGUUCAAGACAGUGCAGACAGAGCGCUGCCACUGCAAGUUCCAUUGGUGCUGCUAUGUGAAAUGCAAGAAGUGCACAGAGAUCGUGGACCAGUUUGUGUGCAAAUAGGGGGUGAUGAGGUGGGAGGAGCUUCUUCCGCCUGCCAGCAGGGGUGCUACCCCCAGGACAAUCUCCACUUUAUUUAUAGAGUCCAAUGAUUUUUUUUUUUUUUUUUAUAAAGGUUACAAAAAGAAGUGACUGGAACCUUUUCUGCACCCAUCCUAGGACUGUGUGUGGUUUAUAUUUUUGGCAACAAUGGGGGAGAACCCAAGAAAAUAUUUAUUUUACCCCAAAAAAAAAAGACUUUAAAAAAAAAUAGUGUAGUUUGAAGGGAAAUCCAACAUAUUCUAACUUAGUCCCAUGAGUCAUAGUACAUGUGCAACCGGCAAAGAAUUCUGAGGUGCUUGGGAUCUGAGAAUGAUCCUUAUGAACACAAUAACCCACAAACCUGUGGAUGAUUUUAGCUUCAGUGACCAAAAGUAGUCUGAUAGAUACAUACAAAGUUGAUCAAUAUAUCCAGGGGUCCAUAAAAGGAGGGUUGGUAUAUCCACAGGAGGGCUCAGCACAAAGUUACUAUGAUGUCAAUCACAUGACUGCAAGGUGCUAAUUUAAAUGUGAGGUAAUUAAAGUACGAGCGCAUAAGACUUCUAAAGGGUUCAGCUGUGCUAUUUAGGACCUAAAGUCUUGGGUCCAGUAGCUAGCAAGACCAAGAAAAAAUCUGCCUUGAUUGACGCUAAAGGUGUACAUCAAAGCAGGAUGUGACCUAUCAGCUCUUCAUCUAGUUAUGUAUGAAGUGUGAGUAUUCCAUCUUAGCAAGCAAUGCCUUACUGAUAAAGAAUAUCAGGAGCAAGUGACCUCUGAAUCUCACCGAACAGUGUGCUCUGGUCUGACCCAAUAGAAAUUGCACCACUGCAGCUGUUUCACUGUCCCACUCUCUGGAAAGCCCUUUAGGAAACAGAAUUCCCCUAAUUUGAAAUGCCUUUUUUUAAAAGAAGUCGUGUGAUAGCUGGCCAACUUUCAAAACACAGCUUAGUAAAUAACCCCUCUUAUCCAAGGAAAUUAAUAAUUAACCAUCAAUCAUUCUUGAGAUGGUCGGUUUAUUGUGGAUUUUGGGAAAGCUUUGACUUGAGGAGACAAUAGUUUCAUCUCUUAAUGAUGUUAAGUGGCUAUUUUAGUUCAAUGAAAUAUUGCAGCAAUGCCAAAUUUAUCUUCUGAUGUCUUCAGUACACGUGCUUUAGAUAAUAUAUUGCAGGUAUACACUAAAACUGUUCAGACUAUACUUGAGCAGUUACAUAUAUACGGGAAAACUGUGGUCUGCUGGUGUCUGAUAUUUCAGAGCUUUUUGUACAUAUAUAUUUCAAUACAGCCAGUGAUUUUUAUAAAACUGCUAAAGUUACAGAGGCAGUUCAUCAGUUAGGAGCAUAUUAUUCCCCCAUUUCCUUUUACAAAUCACUUUUAGGAUUUUUUUUAUACUGAUUCUAGCAUUCUUGGUGUCAUAACACAAAGGUUUUUAAGAAUACUUUAAUCACAAAGAAUAAGCCUUUUCUUAACCUAAGGGGGCUUCUUGGGCUACAGGUAGAACAGAUACCAUGCACUUGAAUUCACACUGGUUUGGAGACUGCUUCUCUCUUCCACUUUCCUACAAGGGCAUUAUUGAUUAUCAUUGACACAGAAACCUUAAAAUUCCCUAGCACAAACUCUAUUUGGCCCUUCGUUUGUUUUAAGGUUUUUUUAAUUUUUUGAGAUGGAAAUCAGUACCUACUACAGCAACUUCUUGCGUUUUCCCCAAUACAGUGUAUUUACAAAAACACAGUUAGCAUUUGUCAUUGGUUCAGAAACCUCACCCCAAAUCAUUUCCAUCCCAUAAAUUAAACAAAUUGGCAUUCAAUAUCAAACAAGUAAAAUCCUCUGCUUUAGCUUAGUCAUACUAAAGCCUUAACUUCUCACAAGCCUAUAAGCUGUUGCAUUAAGUUCAUCUUGAUCAUUUAUCAGCUUUUUAAAUGAUGCUUUAUUGCUCUUAAUUUAUUAAGAACAUAUUUACCCCUCUCUUCCAGAUGUUUGCAAACAAAGUAUCUUAAAAUUAAAAAAGGCACUACUUCAUUGAAUAUGUCACUUUUGGUUUUUAUUAUACAAAAACCAUAGUCCUUUUUUA